CUAAGACAGUGUGUUGUCUUAGUAAAAUCAUCCCUUCCUUGGGUGGCUAGAUUCUCACAUCUGGUGCACCCACCAUUACAUAGGUGGACAAACCACCGAGUAAUGGUUUCCGUUAUGGUGGUUCACGCUUCCAGCCAAGGUCGCAAGUGCAGUUGUAAAACUCGACUUAUGGGCAUGAGUGGACGUUCCUUUUGCGCAAUAUGAACUCGCUGGCAAAGGCUUCCGUGAUAUCUACAGUAUCUUGCAAGCUAUGGUCGUAUCCAUCAGUCGUGAUGUUCUGAUGGAGUCGGCGGUUUCGUAAGCUAGCCGAAGCGCUUGGGCAGAAAACGCUUGUUGCCUGAUAUGGCCCCGUUCCUACGUUGUGGCCUUAGGUGCAAAUAUUGUUCGUGUGUCUUUUCCCACGCCGAUAUUAACCACCAAGGUUCCAGUACCUAGUACCCAUAUUUUCGGGUAAAGCUGGUUACCGCGGUGGGGUUGCGUCAGGCGACGGAACGAAGCGUGCAAACGCCAUGGGAAUUACUUUAUGACUUGAUGCCGUAGGCAUUAUUUAGCCGCAUCGAAGGUCGAAACAUAUACGUAUUGAAGAACGUUGCUUGCCCGAUACUUAACUAUUAUCGUGCCUAAGGCAUUUAUUCAGUCACCUCUCAAUUAUUAUCAAGUUUUGGGUGGAGGACAAAAAACACGGACGGCUGGCUCCCCGACCGCCAAAUCAAAAAUGGCGGUGCCUCGCGCAAUGACUGAACCAUCCAACAAUGCUAAUGCUGCCUGUCCAUCCCAUUUUCGGAGAGUUGGUGGUAAAUCCCCACUAGAGUAUAUAUAAGGCGGUUCCCCAUGAAAGUAUCGGUUCUCCUCUGUCAACAAUCGAAACUGCAUUCCUCUCCCUUGGUUCUCGAUCAAAAGCAAGCAUACAGUCAAGGCGCAACAGCGGAGCUAGUGAUACAUCAGUCUCGACAGCUUACUCAAUAACUUACUUUUACGCACCUCAUCUGCUUUCUGUAUAAGUCAUCGGAACUCUGCAACGAUGUGCACACAUUCGUAUACUGCUUAUACCGUUUGCGGCUGCAUUUUACCAGGUGGUUGGGUCUACUGUAUGUAGCCCCAGCAAUCUAGGCGACAAUUGUCCGGACAAAACUGAGGACAACUACGUCAAUCACACCAAAUGUGGAGACUGCUCAUUGGGCACCCCGGAGUCUCAGUGAUAUGGGAAGUGGGAAUAUAGUCGCCGGUGAUUGGGAAAGGAUAUGCACACAUGGCAGGUAGACUAGGACAAAAUAGGCUUCCGCGACUUUCAAAUAUUAAAGCCACUUCUGCCCUUCAAAUUCGAACUAUCUUUGACAUACUCAUCAAUUCAAUUGGGAUAACAACCAUGGCACACCGUAUUCUCAUUACAUGCAGAUCGCAUAAGGUGCCUGGUCCGGAUAAUGAGAAAGCUACGCUACUAGCCAACCAAGCCUGUCAGAAGGUUUGGGGUCGAGACUUCAAUGAGGCUCUCGGCGACCGCAUAACAUUAGAGGAUGAAUUUACGUACGGUGUACGGUGUAACCUACUUGUUGAUAAUGGUCCCGUGGAUAGUGAGGACUACACUACCUCAUUUUUCAGAUGGAGUGGAGAAGCGCUUGUCCUUACUCAAUUACCAGCGUCCAUCCUUAAAACGCUGGAAGAGCGGUUUCAAUUCAACCCAGCCGACAGACCUCAACGCAUCCGCUACACAGAUGAGGAAUACAAGAAAACAUUCGGCCCCAAGAUGUACGACGAACUUGUGAGGGGUAAAGCAGAGAGAAAGGAGAUUUCAAGAAGAUUCGAUCCUCAAGCCAAUUAAUAAGGGCUUGUAGAAUAGUAUAGAUCGGAUUUACAUGCUUUUACAUGCGGUGAAGGAUUAUAUAGCCCAUCUAGCCCAAAAUAUCCCAAAAUAUACCAGGCUAUAUGACAAAAUAUAUAUCGUGACUUUAGCUCUUAGAUAAAAUAACCCAUCAAAAUCUCGGAAUUCUGAACUAAAGCGAUGAACUUCAGCUUCAUGACCUCCCGAUUGUUCCAACCAGUCCUUCGACGGACUGUUACUUAGAGUGGGUAGCCAGCCGAACUCGUCAACGACUUGUCCUCGAAGUAUCGCUCGUGAAACCCUUCCACGUCCUAGUAGACUCACCAUGUGAGCUUCUCGAGAAGCCGUUGGUCAACCUCCUCGUGCGUCCUUCGUAGCAGGGGCGGUUCGGGGCACAGUUUGCGAAGGCGAAAGUCUUUGAGACGUUGCCCAGGAAUAAUCUAAACCCCUUGCCGACUGAAAACUUGCCCGCCGGCGGGUAUGAUGCGUUCAAGCAGCGAGGGGGCCACGUAGGCUUGGCAACGCUUUCCCUGUUGCAGACCCCCCGAUUACCUCAUGCAGAAUCGCCAACAUGUAUAUUACUACAACAAUGUCUAUUCUCUGC